GGAUGAGGAGGAGGGUGGAAAGAACUUGAGUUGAGGAAUUUGAAUCGUGUUUGAAAGGGGGAGAGGGAUAAGAAAGCCAGGGGAAUGUCUGGAGUCGCAGGGAACCUGUGGGCAGGAUAGAGACUUUGGACAACCGGCUACAGGAAAGACUGGUUUAAAAAUACGCUCUUGGUCGCUAGAAAUAGACUCUUGUUUGGACAAGGAAAGUUUAGAGCGUCGUUUGCUGUGCGCUUUUUCACGGUAGAUGAAAGUUUUUGAUGGAGACAGCCCUGCUCCGUUUGAAACCAACCAAAGCAACAGCAUAAGGGAAACUCAAGAGUUUGUGGCAAUUCAGAGAUUUUUUUUAACCGCAGGUUUCUUAAAAUGGGGAACUGAAACGCGAGGAUUCGCUUUGAUUGGGUCUUGAUUUGUGGAUACUCACCAUUUUCAGUACCUGCCAAGUCAGAGAAAUUUUUUCUUUUUCUUUAGAGCAAAACACAACUUUGAAUCUCUGAGCUGCUGCGAUGCGGUAAUGGAGUCUGGUGAUGUUUCCAGGAUGACUCUUCUCCUCAUGAAGCUCUUUUUCCGAGGUCAUUUGUUUUCGAGAGAAAGUAUGAAUUUGUCUACAUGGUCGUUUGUGAUUCUCACCGUCAUGUUUUCGGUUUGGAUACCAACAUCUGCAGAUUCGCUGACAGAUUUGGAGUUUGUAGAGAGUCCCACUACUGUCAUCUCUUCACUGGGCAAACCUGUUACAUUGCAGUGCAAAGUGAAUGGUAAAGGGAGUGAGGACGUGGAGUCCCCUGAUGUGAUCUGGCUGAAAGAUGGUGUGCCACUGGAGCAUGCAGAAAAUAAUCAAUACCAACUUCUCACUGGCAGCAACAGUAGGACUAUCAUAAGCACACUCAGAAUUGAGAAGGUCCAGCUCCCUGACAUGGGCUACUACAAAUGUGCUGUUCUAUCAGGAAGCAAUGAGACCUUUUCUGAUGAGGGUGGUAUUCAGCUGGAAGGCCUUCCUCAUUUUUCUGUGGAGCCCUACCACAUGACUGUCGUGGCGAAUGUCUCCUUCAGCCUUCACUGUGCAGCCCAUGGGCCUCCCGAACCAGUCACGGUCAUCUGGCUGCAGGAUGGCCAUCCUCUGAAUUCUUUGAUGGAUCCAGUGGCCCUCUCACCCUCAACCCUCAACCUCACAGGCCUGAACAGGACCAGCACCUUCUCUUGCGAGGCCCAAAACCGUAAGGGUGUGGCCACCUCCCGAUCUGGUACCAUCACUGUUCUCCCAGACAAACCUCAGGAUGUGAGAGCUGUAGAGAUCACUCAGUCCACACUUCGUUUAUCGUGGCAACCUGGUUUCGGAGGUAUCUACCAGAUAGUCAACUGUUCUGUUCAGGCUAAACUUUCAGGAGAGUCCAUCAUAGCAAGCCCACAUCAGCUGAUCCAUAAUCAGACUGUGUCCAUGCCACGAUCCUCACACAUCAUCAAAGACCUGGAGCCUCACACCCUCUAUGCUGUCAGAGUGGCCUGCCAUAGCAGCCAAGGCCCAUCCGAUUGGUCUCCCUGGGUGGAGCUACGUACCAAAGAAGGAGUGCCUGAAAAUCCACCAGCUAAUGUGACUGCUAAGUUAAAUGGGACAGAGGUACUAGUAAUGUGGGAGGAGCCACCAGGAAAACUAAAUGGGAAGCUACAGGGUUACAUGGUGGAGUACAGCACACCUGCUACUCAGCAGGUUGUCAUUGAUACUGGAUUGGGCACUGAGUUCGCAAUCAAUCUGUCUGUCCCCCUGUCCAAUGUCUCUUUCCGAGUGUGUGCCUAUACAGGGGCGGGUCAAGGACCCUGGGCACCCAUUCAGACUCUGACACUCAACGUUCCUGCAGAAAUGGGUGAAUUUAGAGGUCCGUCAUCGCCCCCAGCCUUUUCCUGGCACUGGUUUUAUGUGGUGAUGGCCAUUACCGGUGCUGUGUCCAUAGCUGUGUUCCUGGCUGUUUACGUGGCCAAACUGCGGCGCAAGGAGACGCGCUUUGGAGAGGCGUUUGAACCCAUGAUGGAGAGUGGAGAGCUGGUGGUCAGGUACCGUGCUCGCCGAUCAUACAGCCGUAGGACUACAGAAGCAACAUUGAACAGCUUGGGCAUCAGCGAUGAGCUGAAGCAGAAGCUCCAAGAUGUGAUGGUGGACAGACAUAAAUUAACCCUGGGAAAGACCUUGGGAGAAGGGGAGUUUGGCUCUGUGAUGGAAGGGCUGCUGACUCAAGAAGAGUUUGUUCUCAAAGUCGCUGUCAAGACUAUGAAAAUUGCUAUAUGCACACGCUCAGAGAUGGAAGAUUUUCUCCGAGAGGCUGCCUGCAUGAAAGAGUUCGACCACCCCAAUGUAAUGAGGCUCCUUGGUGUGUGUCUACAGACUGUGGAGAGUGAAGGAUAUCCCUCCCCUGUGGUCAUUUUGCCGUAUAUGAAACACGGAGAUCUGCACAGUUAUCUGCUAUACUCAAGGCUGGGAGACUGUCCUGUGUACCUCCCAUCUCAAAUGCUGGUUAAGUUCAUGACCGAUAUUGCCAGGGGAAUGGAAUACCUCAGCAACAAGAACUUCAUCCACAGAGACCUCGCUGCCCGCAACUGCAUGCUGAAUGAGAAUAUGAAUGUAUGUGUGGCUGACUUUGGCCUCUCCAAGAAGAUCUACAAUGGAGACUACUACAGACAGGGCAGGAUCUCCAAGAUGCCUGUAAAAUGGAUCGCCAUCGAAAGCUUAGCUGACCGCGUCUACACUACAAAGAGUGAUGUGUGGUCAUUUGGAGUCACCAUGUGGGAAAUCGCCACUCGGGGCCAGACACCAUACCCUGGGGUCGAAAAUAGUGAGAUUUAUGAUUAUUUGAGACAAGGAAACCGUCUCAAGCAGCCUCCAGACUGUCUGGACAGCAUCUAUUCCCUGAUGUUCUCCUGCUGGCUGCUGAGCCCAAAAGAUCGUCCAUCAUUCGAGUCACUGCGCUGUGAGCUAGAAAAAGCCCUGGAGGAUCUGCCAGACCCACAAGAUCCAGAUGAGAUUCUAUACGUGAACAUGGACGAGUCCUCCAUGGAGCUCGGAGCCGUUGGUGGUCGGGAUCCCACUGGACAUUCAUCCCCUCUCUGCUUGAAAGGCCUGGAGUCUGUGACUACAGUAGAGGUCCACCACCCCAACCGUUAUGUCCUCUGUCCACAGCACGAAACCAACCGAACCCUUUCUGACUCCAUGGAGAGUCUAGACAUGCCAGUGUCAUCCUCCACAGCCACAUUGCCUUUACAGUCAUCAUGCCACUCCACUCCCAAUCGCACUCCAACUGUUGAGCUGCUCGAGGACAGGAAUGGAUCCAAGAAAAUGCCCUGGCAGUGACAGACUCACUCUUAAAAAUGACAAGACUGGUCACUGCCAAAGUGUGCUAUCCCAGUCCAAGUACAAAGAACAAAAUCCAGCCUGUUGCUGAUUCUUUCUAACAGCAAUAAGAAACCUUAUGUGCCUCUCUAUACAUAGUUUGCACAGACAUACUCAUAAACAAGCAGCCAAAUUCAUUCCAAGGACGUGAAGGACUGGCAUUAUUUUAUUUUCAACCCCUUUCUUUUGAGAUGAGGGGUUGAAAAAACACCUUAUAAGCCAGCCUUGUCUCAUAUGAAGUUUUAUUACACUAUCCAGAGCCAAGUGAGUGUAAAAUGUAAUUUGCUGUAGCAGCCGGAUACACCCUUACCAAUAAGAGGGUGAAGAGAUCUACAUUACAUGUUACAAUGCCACACACACCAGCACAAUCAGAGAAAUGAAUUCCCUGUUGCUUUAGCUGUAACAUACCAUUUCUGUUCAACUACCUGAAUGCAAAAGAGUAAUUAAGCUAAAAAUAAAUAAACCUCUUUGUAAAACCAGCUCAGACACUGCCAGACUAAACCCAGAAGCUUGAACUUUACAGUGAAUCAGCAGUUCUAUGGAGGACCUGUCACACCCAAGGAAACUGUGUGGGUUUUUUUCAAGAAGAAACUCCACUCAUUCGUGGAACAAAGAACCAGCACAGCCAGUUUUACACAAGGUGAAUUAUCUGAUCAGAAAACCUUUUUUUUAAGGUUAUGUUAAUACCUACAAUAAGAAAGUUUAUGAAGAAAUUCAGAAUGCCUUGCUUGAUUGCUUUAACUUGACCCUAUUUUUCAUUAGCUUACAAAUUGUCAAAAGUGUCAAAAUAUGAACUCCAUGGAGUGCCACCAACUGUUGCACAGUGUUGGCUGCACUCCAUCUAAGGAUUUAUUCCCAAUAUACAUCUUAAAAUAAUAAAUAAAUUGCAAAUAAAAGUAAAGGUACUUCCAUUAAAAAACAUAUUAAUAAUACAGGAUUUGCAUCGGAGCUCGGUAUACCGCUGUAACAAAUUCUUGUAUCUUCUCCGGGGUUUUUACUGUUAGUUGUGCAUCAAGUACACUGAGCGAUUCAUAGUAUGAACAAACCAGUCUUUCCUCACUGUUAGUUGUUACAUGUGCAUGUCCUGAUUCACGUAUGUAUAUAUCUUCGCUAUAACUCAGGAAUCUGAGGAUUUUCUAGAGGGACAGACGUACUAGUAGAAAUCAAGAGGACACAGAUAAUUCAAGGUACAGGUGGAUGGACUGAGGGUAGGAAAUGAAUGCAUUAUCCAUGACAAAUAAUGGGAUGAACUCUUCACCUUUAAUUUUUUUAUGUCAAGCACAGUGUUAUUACACUUUUUUUUAAAUGCUGAUUUUUAUAUUUCUACAACUUGCACUAAUGUUUUUGUAUCUGUGUGUGUUUAUAAUUUGUGUAUCUUUUUGUUUGGGGUUUUUUGUUGUAUUUCAGUUAUUUCCUAUUCUUAGUAGCAGAAAACAAAGCCUUAGAGAACAUGACACAUUUGCAGUAUUUUCUGUUGAUGAGAAAAGUCUGGGAGACUGGAAAACAUCACUAACCUCGUCAUGUGACAUCAUCCUGCCACUUGUUUGGCGCUGUACAUAGCAGAAUCCAAGAGAAAGACACAGCAUUAUGCACUUGUUUUUUAUGUAUUUGCAUUAGUUUAUAAUUUUGUCAUUGGAAUGGCCUUGACAAUAAUCUGGCACACAUUUCAGGAUGAGAAAAAAUGUCAGUGAGGCGCUGUGUUUCUUAGUUGUACAGUAUACAUCAAAGGUACUUGUAUAUGAAACCAUAUAAAAUGGUGUGUUAUACUAGUAGCAUUAUGGAAAUUUCUUGUUAAAAGGAAGUGUACAUUCACUGUAAUAGCUUUGGUACUGUAUACUCAGUAGGAGUCCCACAUUGUUUCUGAACCACAAACAGUGGUGCUGAGGCUGAGGUACUGGUUUAAAUUUCCAUGUUCAGAUGCUAUACCACUUUGAAUGCAAAUAUGUCUCCUGUUUUAUAUCUGUGUCUUUGGCGUAUUUUGUUCCAAAAAUGAGCUUCUAAGUGUGUUCCAGCAAAAACUGAAACUCCAUCUUACAGUCAAAGCCUUAAAUUUCAUGAUUUUACCAAGUGCCUUCACAGAGCCAGUAUUUUGCAUUACAGUGCAUGUGUGUGUACAUUUUCCUGUUGUGUUUUUUUGAAUUGGGAGAAAAUUGUACUAUAACUGCCUUAUAUUGUCACUGUAAUGAUUUGUAAACAAAUUUUUAUACAGUAUAUACACUAUUUUGCAUAAGAAAUAAAUCAGUUCAUUCAU